CUGUGAUCCUGCAAUCAAAACUGCAUCUAAGCAGAGUUACCGUGUAGUGAUUGGGUCUCUGCACAGAUGCAGAGGUCUCAUAUACAACACAGAUGGGGAAACUGAGGCAGAUAAGUGCAUCUGGCCCCAGUCCCGCCCCUUCUGCCUGAGGGCCCACUCCUUCCAGGGGCCCAGAGCCAUCCCCCACACCUUGCCCAGGAGCCCGGCCACCCUGAGUACUGUGACUCAUACAGCAGAGCAACAGGAUUCAGACUGUGACAGGCAGCCAACCAAGAUGGACGUAAGCUUACUUGAGGAGCAGUAUGACUGUAUAAAACAGAAGCAAAAGCUGCAAACACACAUUAUUGUGUUUAAAACAGGUGAGAAUCAGCCUGUUCCUGGGGAAUCAAUGGUCAAUGGCAUUUUAAUAAAUAAGAAAAUAAGGAAACCAAAAGAAUUUAAAGAACACAUUCCUGUCAGAAAGGUCACACUGGACUUAACUUCCAAUGGCAAUGUACAAGACAGUUCACCAUGGCGUACACACCUGGGAAUCCACCGUCUACUACAAGCUGAUUGUCAGAAGGUUCCAAGUGAUCUUGCCCAUUGCAAGAAUGAACAGAUUAGUUUUGACAAUGAGAGACUGACUGUGAAGGAAAAUGUCAUGCUGCCAAGUGAAAAAACACUAACUGCAAGUGAACAUUCCACAGUAUCACUCGAUGAACUGGGAAAUUCAAGUAUGUUAAACAGUCCCACUGAAGAGAAUAGCAACUCCAUUUCAGGCAUCUGCCAGAAGCCUCCUUUGAAGUCAGUCUCUUCAGCAAUUUGGACACACCAACAGAUUUCAUCCACAAAAUGUACACCCAUAUCCAGCAAACUAAGCUAUUACCCUUUCCCUCGGAAAAAAACACCCAGGAUCUCAGAAGCUGCAAAAAGACUUGGAUUAUAUGUCUCACCAUAAAGAAAUUUCAGUAAUGUGUAAAGUUUAGUUAAAAUUUAAAAUAAAAUUUCAGUAAACUAAUUUUUCAAUUCAACUUUUGACUUACUAACUAAGGGGUUAGUACUUUAUAUAGUAAGAAUUUGCAUGGGCCAAUCAACAUGUUUUAGAAGUUCACAGAGUGAAAAGUCUGUUAAAUGAGUUGCAAUGUCAUAAAGAGUAUUGGACAAUAAAGAAUUUUUAUACCUAGAGCAACAUCAGGAUUAUCCAUACCCAUUUUUGUACCUUCAAAUAUAGGAACACCUAAUGUUAACUCAUUUUGCAUUGAUUCCUUUUUUUUCUUCUAAAUCCAAACUACUGAUUUUUGAGGGACAAGAAUUCUAUCAUAGUGAGAUCACAAAUCAUUUGAAAAAGCUGUAGCAAAGAGUAGGAUUUACAAAAACUGCUGAUGAAGCAACUGGACUGGAUUUCAGUACUGCAUAAUUUGAUUAGCUGUCUGAACAAGCAACAAAUGAAGCAGGUUUUAGAACAACAGUAGCAAGGGUGAUUAACGCGUUCUAGUCAACAUGAGGUUUUAUUAUUCAUUUACUUCCACAAAUUAUUUGAUUGAUUUUCCUGUGUGUAUCCUAAAACAGUGAAUAAAACCAU